CACAGAAGUGGCGGCGUCUGUCCAAUGAGAUUUUAAACUAAAAACAAAUUAACAGCGCGAUGAAUCCAAACAAUCGGAGGAGUUCCUUGCGAAAGGUGCCUUUGAAAGAUGAUGAUACGACAUCUUCAACGACUAAACAACAAAUCAAACGACGCAUCAGUUUUUGUGGCAAGAAAUCCGUGAGGGAAUUUGUCAACACCAAAGAGACAAACAACUGGGACGACUCGUACGAGGUAUCCGAACACAACGCGGAGGACAGUACCGGAGCAGCAGGAGCAGGAUCACUUCUAAAACAUCCAGAACAUGCUAACAAGGAGAACGUGCCCUUGGGCAGCCUCUGUGAGCGGGAGCUGGUCGACCUGUCCCUGAACCUCCAGACCAGUGUGGAUGUUACCAUGUUGCCCUGUGAACUGAUGGAUAAAUCCAGAAAGGGCUCCUCCUCCUUUGUUUCCAUAUCUUUGUCCUCCGAGGAACGAAAAGUUUUGCAAAGCAGUAUUUAUGAUCGCCGGAUGAUGGACAAAACCAUGGAUCUGAUGUCAGGAACUUUGGUAAACCGCAUGCAAAUGCCCUCCAGCGUUUGUGAGGAUCCCUCUUCCGAAUUGACAGGAAAAAGGGUAAAUACCCCAGUAGUCAAAGCUAUAAGUGACUCCUUCAUGGAUAUCUCGCCAAUGGGAUGCAUUGGCACGGCUCCUGCUCCUGCUCCUGCUCCUGCUCCUGCCCCCGCUGUUCCUACUCCUGUCGUUCAUGUUUCUGUUUCUGCUCCGGCUCCAUUAUCAGCUCCUCAAGCUGCAGUUCAACAGAGCUUUAUGGAUCUGGAAGACGACAGCCUUAUGAGGGAAAUGCGCGAGUUUAGCAAAAAGGAUUAUAAAAUUCCCGCACAGAAAUCGCUUUUCAUGGAUAUUGAAGAAGUUGAAAAAGAAAAAAAGAAUAAAACUCAACAUGAUGCCGUAGAUAUAUCCUUCGGCUGUCCUUUAAACGUUACUGAGCCGCAGUCGCCAUCGAACUCCUUUGAGAGCAACAAUAGUACCAUCAACUUUAUGAAAGAUGAGUCUAUGCUGAUCCCCUUCGACAUGAUUUCGGGAAAAAACAUAAGCAAGAAACUAAAUUUUCGUCAAUUGAAUGAUGAGUUGGAGGCGGGAAAGAUUCAGCUUUUUCCGAAUGGUCCAAAAACACCAACAACAGAUCGUAAGACCAAGCAAAAUCGUUUUUGGCGUGGUCUUGAAGAUGAACCCACCGAAGAUAAUAGUCCAAGGCGAGAUAUAAGAAGCAUUAAACCAAGAGGUACGCUAAAUUUCAGUGAGAAUAUGACCAUGUCGCCGGCGCAAUUAAGUCCAGUUCAAAAAGAUAAGGAUAAUAAUAAUAAACUAAAGGUUGAUGAUAAGCAUAAAUAUCGACUCUCCCAGGCGGAUGAGAUGAUGCUGAACAAUACAAACUUCUUGGCUCAUGCGAAAUUAGGCGAUGAGACCCAGUCCAGAAACACCUCGAAGAACUCUACGAGACGGGAAACAACUUACGAAAAUUCUGAAUUGAAUUUGGAAUAUCCUACCAAUAGUCAAGACUUUCAACUCGUGCCGAGCUCCAAGCCUCGACAGACUAUUAAUGUUGCUGAGGAAAUACAGCAUGAUGAGUUUGAUUGCUCUGCAAUUCCGAAACCAAAAACCGUUCCCACUCGUCGUACGCUGUAUCUCAAUGAAUCCAUGGAUCAGGAAACGACGAAGUCAGUUCAUACGAGGAGGGAGAUUUCGGUGACGACAGAGGAGAUUGUCUACGAAAAAUCCACAGUUCAACAGCAGAACACCAAUAAGAAAGACGCAGUCCUGGCCUGCACUAAAACCAAGCGAAGGGAGACUCUUCUAAUGCAGGAAAGCAUAGAAGAGGACAUCAUUAGUCCUCUCAAGGAUUUACAUUUAAAACCCAAUGCUUAUAUCGGUGAAAUGGGAAAAACCAAAACUAAUCACACUCUGCAUUCAGUAGUUCCUCUGGAAGAAGAGAAAGAAAACCUGUUUCCUGUACAAAAUAUGGAACCUACAGAAAUCAAAUGCAAAACAAGGAAAACUAUACUUUUAGAGGAACCUAUGGAAGAGGAAAUAUCCAGCUACGUGCAAGAUGGACAUGUUUUGACUAACAAAAGUAAAACACUCCACUUACCAGAACUUUCAAAGGAGCAGAAAGACAUCCCAAAUAAAUCUUUGUCCGCCAUAAUGACAAAGAAAAAGACACGACAAACCCUACUAUUGGCGGAGCCCAUGGAGGAGGAAGUGUUUGAUAAUAUAGAAGGUCCACCAGUUUGCGAUUCAAAAAGAAAAACUCUUUAUUUGUCAGAACCUCUGGAAGAGGAGGCAGUAAGUUCAACUAAGAGCAUCUUGCCGGAUGAAGUAAAAAGAUCUAAAGCUAGGCAAACUCUCCUAAUGGAGGAACCCAUUGAAGAGGAAUUAGGAUGUAAUAUACAAGAUUCAGAAAUGAAUAACACGAAUAGGAAAGGAAUAUUAGAGGGGCCCCUAAGUUUCAGCAACAAAUCCAGAAAAACAUUGACUAUGUCUGAACCCAUUGAGGAGGAUAACUAUGUUCCGCAACCCAAAAGUAAAUCAGUAGUAAUGCAGAAAACUAUUGAUAGGUCAACUGCUCCGCAACAACAGAAAUCAAGGCACACUCUACUGAUAUCUGAGCCAAUUGAAGAAGAACAGGCUGCACCCAAUCAAUACCAUGAACGGACUCGUUUGAAACCGAGAAACACUCUUCAUAUGGAGGAAAGCAUUCAGGAAGACGUAACAUCCAAAAAGUUUGAUAAUCCCAUUGGACAGCAAAAACUUAAGUCAAGGCAGACGCUCGUCAUGUCAGAGCCCAUUGAAGAAGAUAUACAACUGCCAGGACUUAAGUCAUUUAACAUAACCGUUGAAAAUGAGUUUGUGGAUAACGUGCAACCUAAAAAGCCAACGUCUUCGACUGCCAAAGCGAGACAUACUCUCCUGAUGUCAGAACCAAUAGCUGAAGAUAUGUGGGAGCUGCAACCUGUUGAUCAAACUAAGGAACAGCUCAACGAAGUGGUGACUAAAAGUUCAUCUUCUAGGUCCCUAAGAUCAAGGUCAACUCUUUUGAUGUCGGAACCCAUUGAAGAAGAGGUCUAUAAACCUAAUGCUAACAAAAAUGAUCAGACUCAUCAGGCAAGUCGACUCACGGCAGAAUCUAAAGAAGUGGAGUUGCCAAAGUCUGUGGCCUAUAAAAGUCAUAGAUCUAAUUUGAUGUCCAAUUACACUGGGUUUAUGGAAGAAUCUAUUGUUGAAAUGGAGACGGAAAAAGUUUCCCAGCCACGCAAAGCUCGCCAAACUAUACUUGCGGCUGAACCCAUAGAAGAAGAUGUUGACUGCUAUAACAAUUUGUUAGAUCAUACAAAACAUAACCCCUUUUUUACGAACAAAAGCAUCAACUAUGACGAUGAAUCUAUGAAAAACGUAGCCACAAAAAGAAAUGACAAACCCAGGCGCCAGACGUUGAUCAGUGCUGAACCAAUAGAAGAGGAUUUGGAGUUCCGUAAAAACUCCGUGGAAAACUCCUAUAAAAAUACUGAACAAAUACCUGGACAUCGAUCUUUCAAAUCGAGACAUACUCUUCUUAUGGCAGAGCCUAUAGAAGAAGAUUCUGGACAUGAACCCAUUCAGAACGAUUUGAGAGACAAAAUAGUGGAAAAUUCAGCUGGUCCGCAGAGAUUCAAGAACAGACAGACGCUCAUUAUGACAGAACCUAUAGAGGAAGACAUGAGUGUGUCUGAAAAAUCGAGAUAUAAUAUAAAUGUAACCCAUUCUAGUGGGUAUAGGACUUCCAAGUCCAGAAAAACUCUGCAUGAUCCGGAACCCAUUGAGGAGGAUGAUAUCCCAGAAGAUUACAAUGCAGAAUACAAAGCUGUGGCCAAGUCUAGAAAUACUAUACUUUCGACGGAAAUCAUUGAGGAAGACGAAGCCGUACCACCUACUAAGAAUUCUGAAAAUACAAUGAGUUUACCAGAGCCCAUUGCAGCAGAGUUAUCACGAAAACUAGGAACUACUCUUCGCCGCACACAACCCAUCGAUAAUGAUUUGUCGUCCUCAGAACAAGUUUAUCAUAAGAAGGUCGCGAGUCCUACAGCUCCGAUCAGCAAAAUACGUACUAUGCUCUUGUCAGAACCCAUGGAAGAGGAUGACCAAAUCACUGCACAAGAUUAUCCCACAAAUGUGGGACAAAUAUCAAAAAAAUCAAAAGGAGCGUCACCUAGCCAUGAAACUAUACUGAUUUCUGAGUCAAUGGACUUUCAAAGUCCUCAAUGCAUAUCAAAGGGUGCGGAUAACAAUGCAAUCACCCCAAUGGCCAAUAGUAAGGUAUUAUCAAGAAUUAAAGAAAUGACCAACUACACGCCCAGAGUUUCCUUGACUGAGUUCGAGGAUCAGGAGGAGAUGUGCAUGACAUCGAUGCAGGAAAAAAGCAAAAACCCGAAGUUACAAAGAAAAAAAUUGUCCACAUACCAGCCAGUGCAGAUAGAACUUGAUGCAGACACCUCUAGUAUUGGUACUCCAAUACGUCUCCUCCAGAUGAAGCGAUUGCCCUCACAUCUGACACCCAAUCUGCCAGAAUCGAAAAAACGGCAUACACUUAUCUUUGCGGAUAGCAGCAAUGAUAUGGAAAUGGAUGAAGAGCAAGAGGUUGCGUCCGCGAUGACAAAUAAAUCCCGUAGGACCUUCACGGUAGAUCAAAUGGAUGCAUCGGUGCAACCCCUAAGAGAUUAUCGUCCUCCAGUGGCUGAGUUGACUAAAAUGAGCUCAAUGGAUAUUCCAGCAUUCCCGCGAAAGUCGGUGUAUGACAAUGAACUGGAGGAGAAGCCCAUAACUAUUUCAGAUGUAACCGAGUACUUCGAGCAGCAAAAGGAGGAGCAGCGAAGGUCCAGCGAAAGGCAGAGCGGGAGCUCCAAUGAGCGAACUUUUAAGAGCUACGCCGCUACGAACUCCAAAUUCAUUAAUCUGACCGGGAACACCACUAUCUUUGCUUACGCAGAAAAUUUGGAUGUAGAGGGAAAGGAGGACAAUCAAAUCGACAACGAACGGCUCAGUUUGGUUUCCACGCUGGCCGAGGAAACGGAUAACGAUGAGGAUGAGGAAGCUGUAGAUCAAGAAGACCAUCAACCAAAACCUGAACUCUGUGAGGGCCAGCAGAAUUCCAUUGUUAUUGCCGGCACCAGCGGCUCCUGCAAGAAGUGCGCAAAUUGCAAUCAAUCCAUGAGCGAAACGAAGCUAAGUAGCGAUUCCUUUGUCCUGCCACAACAUAAACUGUGGGACUUCUCAAGACAACACAGGCGGUUGCGCAUUAUUAGGCAGAAACCCACUUGGAAGGAGGUAAACCUGUACUGGGAUAUGGAGGAACAGUCUAGGCUUUCCAAGUGCCAGGAGCCUGACGAUUCGAUGGAUCAGACAAAAGUCGAGGAAGAACAGAAAUCGUGGAACAAAACGGCGCUCCUUGAGCUGUGCAAAAUACGAAUUGGUCGACAAAGGCCCAUUGUAAAGCCUACGGAAUCCUUCUUUAAAAAACUAAAACGCUUGCUGGCCGAACAGCAGCCACACUGGAUCUUUGACUUCCAGCGCAAAGUCUCACAGCAAUUGAUAUUUUACCACCGCCUUCUGACCAUGUUUAGAAUUGUGGUCAACUACAAAAUCGUCGACCAGGUGGAUGAGACAACAAUUAGCGUGUCCUCCAUUGAAUUAGACAAUGAGGUGGCCAUUGCAAAGGAACAAUGGUCAUCCCGUGACCACUUUUUAAACUUCCAACUCGGUCUCAGACUGCCUUUGAAUCUCACUGACUCGAUUGAAGGCAGCGACGAGUCAGCUUUUCUGAAAUUCCUCAACCGUAUUGAUCAGAGUAUUGUAGAUAUCAAAGAACAGUUUAACAAACUUCUAUCCAUUCUAACGGAGAAGAGGGCGAGACUACUUAGGGAAGCAAAUCGAACUAUUGUAAGAAAGAUCAUACGGAAGUGCAUUGAGGACGAACCUCUUGUGCGUCUCGAGAGGACCAGUUUUGUGAUUGAAAUUGCCAACAUCAGGGACGUCUCUUUCAGAGAUAUCUUACGCCCUGAACUGCAUCACUUCAAUGAAAAUAUUCAGUAUCUGCCGAAGGGACUUGCUUUCCUGGAAGCAUUUCUUACUGACCCCGAACAGUACCUUAAAACAUAAUUUGUAAAUUUAAAUUUUACUUAUUUAACAACAUGUAUAGAUUAAAAACUUAUCUUAUUUUAA